AUGUCGGCGAUGUAUAUGGCCUUUUCCAUUGUCUUUUCCCUAAUGGCGGUUCUGGAUAUCAUUGGUAACACAUUCGUCAUUCUUGUUAUCCUGCGAAACCAAUCAAUGAAGACACCUGUCAAUUAUCUGCUUGUCAAUCUUGCUGUAGCAGACAUACUGGUUGGUAUUUUCUUUGGGAUACAGUUCAUCAUCACCCCAACUCUAAAUCACCCAGCGGGGAGGGCUGGUGAUCUUCUCUGUAAACUCAUUACAGGCGGUGUUCCUGGGUGGGUGGGUGCGGUAACUUCUGUCUUCUCACUAAUUGCCAUUGCUAUUGAACGUUAUUUCGCAGUGAUGUAUCCAUACAGUCAGCGGGGUAAACUCACUAAGACAAAGAUUAUCUUCUUUGUUGCUGUCAGCUGGUUUCUUGCUUUUUUGUGGGCCGGAGUUGGAUUUUUCAUCACAGUUUACAACAGCGAAUUGCAAAGUUGUGUUCACAGCUGGCCUAAGGAUAUUUACGCCAAUAUUUACACUGUUGGGUGGACUGUGGUGGCGGGAGUAAUGCCUUUAGGCAUCAUGGGUUGUCUGUACGCACGUGUUGUGUACCGACUGUGGUUUACGGAUCAGGAAAACGAGGCUACCCAGAGGGCAUUGCUGCGCCACAGGAGGCGUGUCACAAAGCUUGUUAUCGCUGUGACAGUUGUUUAUGCGUUUUGUUGGGUUCCUGAGUUGAUCAUUUAUUUCUUGGGUUUUACAGGGGUUAUAAAAUUACGAGCAAUUCAUUUUAAUAUUGCGUCAGCUCUGGUAUUUUUUAACUCCACUGUUAAUCCAGCUGUGUACAGCUUGCAGAGCACUGUUUUUAGACGACAUUUUUGGAAUCUUGUCUGUUGUCGAAAGAUGCAGAACAAAGUGAAUCCUACCCUAGAGCGUGAUUCGAUCUCAAUUGCACGGAAAAGAACAAAUCGGGCCAGCACCAAAGUGAGUUUCCUUCAGAGAAGGGAGGCAAAUAACGCACAGUGA